GAGGGAAACAAAACAGAGAUAUAAACUGAAGAGAGAGGGGGGGGGGAAACAAAAAUAUACACAAAUAAUAAUCGAGAUUAAAAAGCGUGCGGUCGAAGUCGACGCCGAUGUUCCGGAUUACGAUGUUUUAGCGGACGGCGCGGCGCUGCGUUGUGCGCGUUUCUGAUGGAUUAAACAACGGGGGGAAUAUAAAACCUAUUCCGGGAUUGACAACGGCGACCAGGGCUCGUUUUAAUCGCUUAAUUGAAGAGGCAUGGCUCAGAUGAGGAAGCUGGCGUGCGACGGCAUCAGGCCGAACGCCCGGGGCGAGCCGCAGCAGGUCCCGCCGGUGUCGGCCCGACAGGAGAUCCUCACCAGCCUGGUGUCGGCCCUGGACUCGGUGUGCAUGGCGAUGUCGAAGCUCAACGCCGAGGUGGCGUGCGUCACCGUGCACGAGGACAGCGUGAUCGCCGUCGGCACGGAAAAGGGCCGAGUGUUCCUCAACUCCAGGAGGGAAAUCCAGACAGACUUCUACAAGUUUUGCCGGGCGCCAUGUCUGCAAAAUUUGAGCACAGCAAAUUCCCAUACCAAAGACCAGGAAGGCGAUCUCGGCAAACCGAGUAAAGACGGUGAGCACGGGAAACCGCGCGCUCCGUCAGAUGCUCAAUCCAACGUCUUCGUUCUGAGGAAGAUGGUGGAGGAAGUCUUCACUGUACUCUACAGUGAAGCCGUGGGAAAGAGCAGCCUGGUCCCCGUGCCUCAUGAGUGGAUCCAGAAGGACCCCGGCUGCGUGGUGGCCCACGGCCUGCCCGAGGGAGUCGCCCUGAAGAAGCCGUCUGAGUACGACAUCAAGACGCUGAUGAAGAUUCUGGAGCAGAGCCACCGGAUCCAGUUCACGGUGAAACGGCCAGCAGAAGAUUUGUCCCGAGAAGCCAAGUCCAGCAACGACGUCAAUCACAACACUUCCGCCGCUGCAGUGACGCCGAGCAGCCACGGCCCGGGGAAGACUGCCGCCCAGGUAGCCCCGUCAUCGAGUCCCGCCACUUCCAGCAACUCGGUCCUGUCGAACUUCCUGUACGGCAUGCCCAUGUCAUCCAAACCCCACCCGGACAGCAAGCUGGACUUCAAACCCAUGUCCCUCCUCAACCUGGGGAAGGACCGACAGGCCAACUGGACGACGGGGACAGACAAGAACAUGUCCGCCAAGGACGGCGCUAGCAACGACGAGACAACAAGGCUACCUGGCGAGCAGGGUCAGAGUCCUCCCGGCAUCCACAUAUCCAAGAGGCUACUCUUCUCCAUCGUGCAUGAAAAAUCAGAAAAAUGGGACUCAUUCAUUCGGGAAACCGAAGACAUCAACACGCUGAGAGAAUGCGUUCAGAUUCUGUUCAACAGCAGAUACGCCGAGGCCCUGGGUCUAGAUCACAUGGUGCCUGUCCCCUACCGCAAGAUAGCCUGCGACCCGGGGGCCGUGGAGAUCAUAGGCAUCCCUGACCAGAUCCCCUUCAAGAGGCCGUGCACCUACGGCGUUCCCAAGCUCAAACGCAUCCUGGACGAGCGCCAUGGAAUCCGCUUCAUAGUAAAACGAAUGUUUGAUGAAAGGAUUUUCACCGCUGCCGGCAAGAUCGCGCGGGAGGAGGGAAAGCACGACCCGGGCUUCGCGCCCGACGACGGCUUCCCCGACAAUCUGAGCAUCCCGCCCACCGCGGCCGAGCUGGUCGGCAAUCCUCUCAGCAGCAGAUCAACAAGUGCGUGCGUGAGUCCCAUGGCUGACUGUGAAGCAGGCCCGUCAGGGGAUUGCAUUCCUUUGAAAAGGAUUAAAACGGAGCCUCCGGAUGGGGAAAUCAUUCAAGUUACAGUGCCAGAGGCUGGUACCAGUGGGGAGGAGCCCAGCGAGUCUGUGGCCGAGCCCGUCGCAGCCGCACCGUGUCCAGCCACGGCCUCGCCCUCCGCUCCCCCCGCCCCCCCCGCUCCCUCGGUUCCCCAUCACCCCGUGGAAAACCACACAGCUGAAGCUCUUUCGCCCGGCGCGACGUCCCAGAGCAUCAGAAGAUCCUCUGAAGCAGGGAGUCUGGUGGAGGACAUCGGUGAAAUGAUUCUUCAGCUGCGGAGACAAGUGGAGAGCCUCUUCGGCAUGAAGUACGCCGAAGCUCUGGGACUUCCCGAACCAGCCAAGGUUCCCUACUCCAAGUUCCAGAUGUACCCGGAGGAGCUGUACGUCACCGGGCUGCCGGAGGGAAUCUCCCUGCGACGGCCCAACUGCUUCGGAGCGGCCAAGCUGCGCAAGAUCUUGGCUGCGGGCGGCCACAUCCAGUUUGUAAUCAAAAGGCCUGAGCUGUUGACAGACCCAAUAAAACAAGAAAUGCCUUCUGUCCCCGUCUGCGAUUCAGAUGUGGACAUCAAGGACGCAGCAUCAGCAACGGAGGACGCUGCGGCUGCAUCCAAGAGACCCGGGUUCUCAGAGUGCCUGGAGUCCAAGCUGUCCAGGAUCGACCUGGCCAACACGCUGCGCGAGCAGGUCCAGGAUCUGUUCAACAGGAAGUACGGGGAGGCGCUGGGCAUCAAGUACCCGGUGCAAGUGCCUUACAAGCGGAUCAAGAACAACCCGGACUCGGUCGUCAUCGAGGGCCUCCCCCCCGGCAUCCCCUUCAGGAAGCCCUGCACCUUCGGCUCGCAGAACCUGGAGCGCAUCCUGGCGGUCGCCGACAAAAUCCACUUCACCAUCACCAGACCUUUUCAAGGACUCAUUCCAAAACCAGCACCCCGGCGAGUCACUCUACUGAAGAAGGCCUACGCCUCCAUCAGCGACGACGACGACGUCAACCGCAUGGGAGAGAAGGUGGUUCUGCGAGAGCAAGUCAAGGAACUGUUCAACAAGAAAUACGGCGAGGCUCUGGGAUUGGACCGCUCCGUCGUGGUCCCGUACAAGCUGAUCCGCGGCAGCCCGGAGUCCGUGGAAGUCAGUGGCCUUCCGGACGACGUCCCCUUCCGAAACCCCAACACCUACGACAUCGUGUGUUUGGAGAAAAUCCUCCAAGCCGCCGAGGAAGUAUCAUUCUCCAUCAAGAGCCAGCUACAGCCUUUUGCAGAGAUCUGUAGCCAGCCUUGUAACACAGGUACAGUAGUAGGAACAGACGCCUCCACCAACCGACGAAAGCGCAAGCGAGUCCAGGAGAGCAGUCGAGUACCUGCCUCCUCGGACCUGGGGCUCUCGACCAAUCAGAUUCCAGUGAUGCAGUGGCCCAUGUACAUGGUGGACUACAGCGGCGUGAAUGUUCAGGUUCCCGGAAAAGUCAACUACUAGAAGGAGCGACAAACAAACCUCGACUGCAGCAAAGGGAUUUUUUUGUCAACAAAGUGACAUUUUUGUGACUCCUCCACAUUGCAAACACUAACACAACACAGAGUGCUUAAGCUAAACGAUCUCCCCCCCCCCCCCCCCCCCCCCCCCCCGAGACUGGACGUCGGGAGCUGAAGGGUUGUUUUUUUUUUCCGUGAGGAACAACAGAAUGUACGCGGAUGGAGAAAAGCUCGGCUCGUCCUCUCCCGUCUCCACAAGUGUCCAUCCACUGAGUCAUGUUUUUUUUUUAUUUUGUUUUUUUGGGAUCCAGCAAUUGGUUGCAAUGUAUCACUGACAAGAAAAGAAGUAAAAGAAAAUGUCUUUGAUGGCGAUCUGGUCCCGCGAUAUUCAGAUAUUUGUACUUUUUAUUUAUUAUAUUUAUUGAAGUAUAACAUUAUGUGCAGGGAUGUAAAAUACAUUUAUUCUGUUAUACGGCUCCUUGAGGAGCCAUCACAAACACUAACCACCGCAAAUCAGAUCCAACCACCGAAAUGAAAAAGUGUCUUAAUGAGACGGUAAGCCAUCAGAAAUGAACGGAGACGAUUAUGAACUUUGAGCGUUUGCCCGACGACAGCAGGAAGCACCUGCGGUAUGAAAAACUAAAACGAGACAGACUUUUACAGUAAACAGCUUUUUUUUUUUUUAUGUUAGCGCCACAUUAACAAUAUGUAAAAAAGAAAACAACACAUAUCUCAUUUAAAGUCAGCCUGAAUGUAUCAUGUAAAGGAAAGAAUGGUAAUGUUACUCUGCGAUGACCGUCUCUGGACUAACGAUAUUUAAUAUGCUGUACCUUAACGCCAAUUAGGCCUUUGAAAUAAAAAUGUGUUGCCUUGCA